GGUUUGCAGUUUUUCAUAAGUGUGACAUUUAUGUGAUAACGUUUUAAAAUUAUGCGCGUAUGCCAGUUAUAUUCCGCAAUCCUCAGCCUUUGCAGAUCGUAGGGAAAAGCAGCAAGAGAAUGAAGUUGGCAGCGCUUAAGCCUCCAUGUGGAAACUGACUACCAACCGAAGUAUUCAGAUUCAACACAGAUUGUCCUACUACAAUGAGUUAAUCGAAAUUGUAUGGUGAAUCUUAUUUAUAACAUAUUAUUAUUAUGUACCUUAUCUGUUUUACGAAGAGUACCAUGUUAUCAACUUCCAGCGAUGAUUCCUACUUGCGGGGAAAGUAAGCUUCGGGGUAAAUGAAAUGGACAAGGGUUGGGACUUUUCAUAUUCAACUAUUGGCUCGGUCGUUGGCAUGACGUUUUGGAAAUGAAAUAGUCUUAAAAGUGACAAUAUGGUUUCGUCUGCCUUAAACCUAGAGACUCUGCAGAAGUUCCGCAUCAGCUUCUAUGCUGACCCAAAAAAUAUUCUAGCUCAAAAUGUGUGUACACGUGUGGACCCACUUGAUGUAUGUCUAUCACGAAAACAUCUAGAAGAAACACAACAUGUUUUUUCUCAUAAGGUUGAAACAGAAGCAAAGCCUAUAACGAAUCAAAAAAGUUCUGGUCGGUGCUGGAACUUUGCUACCCUUAAUGUUAUUCGCAUACCAUUUAUGAAGCAGCAUAACCUAGAAGAAUUUGAAUUCAGUCAGGCAUAUUUGUUCUUCUGGGACAAGAUUGAACGCUGCAACUACUUCCUCACGAACAUCGUGAAAACUGCACAGGCAGGUCACCCUCUGGAUGGCAGACUGGUUUCCUUCUUGCUUCAUGACCCAAUGUGCGAUGGUGGACAGUGGGACAUGAUAGUCAAUCUAAUAAACAAACAUGGGCUGAUGCCAAAGAAAUGCUUCCCAGAGUCAUUUAGCAGUGAAUCUAGUCUGCAGAUGAACUCCGUUCUGACAAGUAAGGUUCGUGAGUAUGCCAAAGAGCUACGCACCCUUGUCACUGAUGGAGCGAGUGAUGGGGACAUCAGUUCGCACAUCCAGCAGCGGAUGGCAGAUAUAUACCGUGUUGUUGGAAUCUGUCUUGGCAUUCCACCAGAGACCUUUGUGUGGGAAUAUUAUGACAAGACCAAACAGUACCAUUCUGUGGGGCCAUUGACACCUCUUGACUUCUACAUCAAGUAUGUGAAACCGUACUUCAAUGUGAAUGAUAAGGUUUGUCUGGUCUCAGACCCUCGCCCAUCCAAUCCAUAUUACAAGGCCUACACUGUGGAGUGUCUUGGUAAUGUGGUUGAUGGGCGGCCCACAAUCUACAACAACCAGCCUGUGGAAUUGCUUAUGAAACUUGCUGCAGAGUCCAUCAAAUCACUUCAGCCUGUCUGGUUUGGGUGUGAGGUGCACAAGCGUUUUGCCGGCAAGCAAGGCAUCGAGGACCUCAAGGUGCAUGACUACAACCUUGUAUUUGGUGUGGAUGUGACACUAGGCCUCACCAAAGCAGAGAGACUGUUGUAUGGUGAAUCACAUUUGACCCAUGCUAUGAUCUUCACUGGUGUCACUCUUGAUGCUUCCGGGAAUCCGACUAAGUUCUGUGUUGAGAAUUCAUGGGGUGAUGAGCGUGGAGAGAAGGGAUUCUUGGUGAUGAGCAGUGAUUGGUUCAAGGAGUUUUUGUUUGAGAUUGUGGUGGACAAAACAUUUGUACCACAAGACGUAUUGGAUGUUUUUAAAAUGGAGCCCACCGUCCUCCCAGCAUGGGACCCAAUGGGCACCCUCGCACAGUGAUCGAUACCUGCUUGGAACUGUAUGCCGCAGUGGUGCUGUACACACAUUACUCCAACAUGAUACUAUGCAUAUGCAGACAGAUCAUUAUCAUUGUUCUGUUGACUCUAAUUCAUUACAAUUCUAGAAUCAGGUCAGACUGGGUCACUGGUGAUCUAUGUCAAGUUUAAUGUUUGGCGCAAAAUUAAAUUACAGUGUGGCCUUGGAAAGUACCUGAGUUUUGCUCAGUAUGCACUUCAUUCAGCAAAUACAAAUUCUACACUUGGGAUAAAUCUUACCCAGUUGAUGUAGCAGUUUAGCGAGGUUAGUAUGAAUAAUUUCCUUAUUUUAAGCAGUGUUUUAAGAUCUGAGUUUGGGUUUGCCUGUUUGCAUAAUCCUGUGCAAGGUAACAAUUUUAAAAUUCUUGAUUUGUACUGAAAUUUAACUUUCAAUAGACCCAGGAGCUUUUGAAUACUAAGCUAAUACACAGAGUCUAGACAAGGUAUUUCUCAAACAUACACAAAGGUCAUAUUCUGGUUAUUGGGCAUACGUUUUAUUUUUGUUGGGCCAUUCAGGUGGAAACAUCACAUUGCCACGAUUAAUUUAUACUUUAUUUUUAACUUCAGGUUGGGGAUAUAAAUCAACCUGAACAUUGUUAAACUGGUAUUUACUUGGCAUUUUAUACUGUUGGUUUCACUUACCUUAUUGAUUUAUACCAUUUAAUAUAUUGUUUUAGAGUUCAGUACAUCUUGUUUAAUAAAUCUUAUUAUGUGAAUUAAAAUAAUGAGUUUUUCUGAUGUCACUGGCCAUGUAAAGUACUGUAUUUAUGUGAAUGUAGGCCACAUUUUAAAACUUGCAUCCUGUAAAGCGAGGGUGCAGUUUAUAAUUGGAAUUUUUUAUGGUGAGAUAAUCUGCAUUACAGUUGAUUAGGAAGUGUUGUAUUAUGGUUUCUGACAUAGAUAAACAAUUCAUAUAUUUCAAUAAUAAUCAUAUAUAAAAUUGAAA